AUGACCGGCCACGCAAACAAUGAUUCUUCGGCCUCGUCCUCGUCGCGACCGUUGAACAAUGGCAGCAGCAGCAGCAAUAGUAACAGCAACAGCAACAGCAACAGCCCCCCCGGCGACCGAGACGAGCUGGAACUCUGGAGCGAAGACGAGGACAUCGCCGACGUCCUCACCGAAGACCCCAUCCGCGACCGCGAAGACCUAGAAGAGCCGCUUUCCUUCAAGCGCAAGCAGAAGCAGAACGUGCUGUCCACGCCUGGGCGCUUUCUCUCCGCCAUCACCGGUUCGCGACCAGGCACCGAUUCCCCCCACUCAUCCCCGCGAGCUCGAACGCCGAUCCAAGAUGCUGGCCGACCGGGCUUCACCUCCCCGCGCAGGACAGGCGGCAAUGCGACAACGACCCGUGGGACGAAAGACGGCGCGUCGUUGGACUGGUACGUUGAGGGGCCGGGCCGACGAGUUGGAUACGAGGACUUGACGGCGAUCGAUUGGAUUUUCGAAUACACAAAGGAGCGCCAGCGCUUGCGCGUCCUGUACGCGAGCGCGCAAGGCCUUCUGGGCUACUUCCAGCAGCUCGUCGACUCCAGUCAGGUCUGGAUUAUUCUCAUCCUGACUGGUAUGGCAGUUGGUGCUGUCGCAGCUGGAAUAGACAUCACCACGGACUGGCUUGGCGAUCUGAAGACCGGGUACUGCUCGGGCGGCCCCGAAGGAGGCGCAUUCUACCUGAACAAGGGGUUUUGCUGCUGGGGGUACGAUGAAUUCUCCAAGUGCGCCGGAUGGACGCCUUGGGCGAAGGCUCUGGGAGUGUCUUCCACGGGCGGGAAGUGGUUCAUAGAGUACUUCUUUUUCAUGUUUUUGUCGGUCGUCCUGGCUUGCGCAGCGGCUAUACUGGUCAGAGAGUACGGUAUUUAUGCCAAGCAUAGCGGUAUCCCUGAAAUCAAGACGGUCUUGGGCGGUUUCAUUAUUAGAAGGUUCCUUGGCAGCUGGACCCUGAUCACCAAGUCGCUGGGACUGCAAAUCUCAUACUAUUUCCCCGACAAGACGAUGUGGCAAAGCUUCGUUUGUGCCAUGACUGCCGCUGUCGUUCUCCAGGCAUUCGACCCAUUCCGCACAGGUCAGCUCGUCAUGUAUCAGGUCAAGUACAGUACUGGCUGGCAUGGCUUCGAGCUCAUCCCCUUUGCCCUGCUCGGCAUCAUGGGUGGCAUUUACGGCGGCUUGUUCGUCAAGGCCAACAUGGCUGUCGCUCGGUGGAAGAAGAACACCCCGUGGCUCCCAGGACCCAUUACCCAAGUUGCUGCUGUUGCGCUUUUGACAGCGCUCAUCAACUAUCCAAACUCGUACAUGAAAUUCCAGACAUCGGAACUGGUAUCCAACCUGUUCGUGGAAUGUACAAAGUACGUCGAUGACCAGAUUGGACUUUGCAAGACGGGAGUUGCAUCAGCACCGACUAUCGUACUUUUGGUCUUUGGAGCCGUGCUUGGAUUCUUCCUAGCCACCAUAACAUUCGGGUUGCAGCUACCUGCUGGUAUAAUCUUGCCGUCAAUGGCAAUCGGUGCUCUCAGCGGUCGCGCAGUCGGUAUAAUCAUGGAGAUUUGGGUCGCUAACCACCCAACCUUCUUCCCGUUCGCAUCAUGCGAGCCAGACGUCCCUUGCGUAAUACCCGGGACGUACGCCAUCAUUGGCGCAGCAGCAAGUCUGGCGGGCGUCACUAAAAUGACUGUGUCGAUUGUGGUCAUCAUGUUCGAGCUGACAGGAGCCUUGACUUACGUCCUGCCCAUUAUGAUUGCGGUCAUGAUUUCCAAAUGGGUGGGCGACGCGAUUUCCCGACGAGGCAUCUACGAAGCCUGGAUACACUUCAAUGAGUACCCAUUCUUGGACAACAGCGAGGAAAUGGUCAUCCCCGACAUACCCGCUUCACAGAUCAUGACGCGUAUUGAGGACCUGGUUGUACUCACGGCAACGGGCCACACAAUAGCCAGCCUCAAGAACAUCCUCGACACACAUCCCUACCGCGGCUUCCCAGUCAUCUCGGAUCCUCGCGAUGCUAUUCUAUUGGGAUACAUUUCGCGGCAAGAGCUCACGUACAAUCUGCGAAUCUCUUCCUCGCCUCCACGAUCUCUCCCUCCAGAGACGGAGGCGUACUUCUCCCAUCAGCCGCUGGCCGAUCCCCGCACGACGCUGGACUUGCGCCCGUGGAUGGACCAGACGCCAAUCACCAUGCCGUCGAGGUCUAGUCUUCACCUGGCCGUCACUUACUUCCAGAAGCUCGGCCUUCGCUACGUACUCUUCAGCGAUCGCGGGGCCCUGCAGGGUCUCCUAACUAAAAAGGACGUUUGGUACGUCCUUAACGGCGCCGAAGAAACGCGCCGGACGAGCGGUCUGAGCAGGGACAUGGGGGUGCAGUCUGGCCUCACGCGUGAAGACGGUGGCGGCGAACAGAGGGGCUUGCUGAGGGACGACGGGCACGAGGAAGGUAUAAGCCCGGCCGAUGACCGAGAUACAAUUUUAUGA